AUGUCAACUACUAAAAGAGCGCUGGAUACGCCUCUGGCCGACCCGGAACUCGCCAAGCGCAAGGGCAUCAAGCCCGGACGCAAGCCGCUCGACACAGAAGCGAAAAACAAGCGUACGGCGCAGAACCGCGCCGCACAGCGUGCUUUUCGCGAGCGUAAAGAACGCAAGAUGAAAGAACUGGAAGACAAAGUCGAAGAGCUGGAGCGCGUACGAAAGGACAACGAGUCCGAGUCUGAUUUCUUGCGCUCGCAGCUCAUCACCCUCAUCGAAGAGCUCAAAAAGUACCGUCCGCAGCAGCAAGCGGAGUCGCAGGUGCUCACGUAUCUGGCGCAGCGCGAGGAAGAGCGUCGCAGAACUCACAAAGACAGUCGGGGUGGCGCCGGUGGCAGCGCCACUUCGGACUCGCGGUCGGCGUCAGAAUCGACCGCUUCUUCGGGUGACAUGUCACGUGGGCCCGAGUCGAGCUCGUCCAACUCCCCCUCCGACAAUGGGAACGACUCCAAGGUCAUGCGCAAUGUCGAGCGCAAGUCCAACUUCACCUUCGAAUUCCCAUGGCGCGGCCCCCGCGGCGGUGUGUCGCCGCUGGACGGCGGCCAAGCUUCUUUUCCUUCUCCAAGUGCCAGUUCGGCCACGUCGAGCACGUGGCGUUCCCACAAGCCCUCGGGUUUGGACAACACCCCCAGCAGCUCCUCGGGUUCGCUCGAUAUGUUCAACGCCGCGGAUUCCCGAAUGCUUCCGAAGUUUGCGCCCGAAAAUCUGAACAACGAUUUCGAUUUCAGUGCGCAUUUCGACGAGCAAGUCUCCGAAUUUUGCUCCAAGAUGAACGAGGUCUGUGGCACGCGAGAUCGUCCCAUUCCUGCGUCUUACGCAGGCUUUUCCAAAGAAAGUGCACAGAAGGACGACGACGAUCAGCAACAAAUACGGGAUCUGACACAGCCGUCGGCUUUAACGAAUACCUGGGACUCCCCGCAAUUUGGGCAAAUCAACUUCAAUCCUGACGUUGACGAUGCCAACAAAUGGAUAUUUGGAGACGCGUCCGCAAGCGGGGUGCCAACGGCGGUACCCUCUGCCAACGUGGAUGAAAUCCCCUUUAUCGACCCAACUAUUGCGUUCCCCUCAGACUACGAGAGUAACACCUUUUUCAGGCAGCAAAACCUGGACAACAUCAGUCACUUUUUCGACGACGAUCCGGUGAUAUCCCAGCUCACUACCGAAGACAGCAACUACGACCAGUUCAAGCCUUCCUUGUCUGGGGUGGCCAACAACACCGACUCCUCGAUCUCCAUCGAUUCGACAGCGUCGAUGGCGUCGCUAAAGUCACAGAAACUCAUGCAGUCCACGCAAUCAUCGGCAGAGACGCUUCAAACAGAACGCAACUACACCAUCAACAAAGGUGGCGACGUUCCUUCAGGUGCCGGCAUGUCAUUGAAGGCCACCUACGACGCCGUCGUACCACUUCGCGAUGGCAAUCUGCUGAAGUGUUCUGAGGUUUGGGAUAGGAUCACUGCACAUCCCAAGUAUUCCGAUUUGGAUAUUGACGGGUUGUGUUCAGAGCUGCGGACCAAAGCCAAAUGUUCCGAAAAGGGAGUGGUUGUUAACGCGGACGAUGUUCAGAAGGCCUUAUCCAAACACAUGGCAUGA